GGAGGAGGAGGAGGAAGGUGAUCGCUCGCCCUCUCGCUCCCGCCGCCGCUCCGGCAUGAGCGCGGCUUUCCAGCCCUCGCUGAUGAUGAUGCAGCGCCCGCUGGGAAGCAGCACGGCCUUCAGCAUCGACUCGCUCAUCGGCAGCCCCCCGCCGCCCGCCCCCGGCCACUUCGUCUACACCGGCUACCCCAUGUUCAUGCCCUACCGGCCCGUGGUGCUGCCGCCGCCGCCGCCGCCGCCGCCGGCGCUGCCGCAGGGCGCCCUGCAGCCCGCGCUGCCCCCCGCGCACCCCCACCACCACCAGCUGCCCAGCCUGCCCACCGGCUUCUGCUCCAGCCUGGCCCAGGGCAUGGCCCUCACCUCCACCCUCAUGGCCACGCUGCCCGGCACCUUCCCCGCCUCCCCGCAGCACCAGGAGGCCGCCAGGAAGUUCGCGCCCCCGGGGAACUUCGAGAAAGCCGAGGGGAUACCCCCGGACGGCGGCGGCGACGAUGGCAAAGCCUUCCUGGGGAAGGACGGAGCCCUCCUGCCCUUCCCCGCCGCCGACGCCGUCCAGGCUUCUCUCGCCGGGGCUCUCCGGGGCCAGGGCAAGGAGGACCCCAAAGCAGAAGAGGACGCGAAAGGCAAGGAGGAAAGUUUCUCCAUGGACAGCGAUCUAGACUAUAGCUCGGACGACAACAUCACCGGCCAGGCGGCUCACAAGGAAGAGGACUCUGGCAACGCGCUGGAGGAAAACCCCCAGAACCCCCCCAGUUCCACCAACACCACGUCCACGGGCAAAAACCGGCGGAGGCGAACAGCCUUCACCAGCGAGCAGCUGCUGGAGCUGGAAAAGGAGUUCCACUGCAAAAAGUACCUGUCCCUGACGGAGAGGUCCCAGAUCGCUCACGCCCUCAAACUCAGCGAGGUGCAGGUGAAAAUCUGGUUCCAGAACAGACGGGCGAAAUGGAAACGGGUCAAGGCAGGCAACGCCAACUCCAAGACAGGGGAACCUUCCCGAAACCCUAAGAUCGUGGUCCCCAUCCCGGUGCACGUCAGCAGGUUUGCGAUCAGGAGUCAGCAUCAGCAGCUGGAGCAAGCCCGACCCUGAUCUCUCCCUACGCUCAGAGCCACAAGUUUUUAAAGGGGAAAAGUUUCCAAAUCGGGGUUUGAAAGCAGCCCACCCGAGCAAAAAUAAAAAUAAGAGAAGCAAAAAAAAAAUAAAAAAAAAAAAACCACAAAAAAUCAAACCCUUAUAUAAACAAACAACAGCCAACAAGAAAGAAAAACCCCAGGCGAGCGCUUGGCAAAUCCCUGCCACGAGUGAAUUUUAAAGCGAAACUUUCCACUUACUGAGUCCAGCGAGAGUCUGCGAGGGAAAAGAGUCUUGGAAAACUGCUGUGGUUCGGAGCAGGAGUAUCAAACGCUGGAAGAGACACACACACACACACACACACAGACAGAUAUUUAUUAUCGCGCUGCCCUUGCUCUGGACCUGCUCAUGCUGCCUCGGCUGCGCUGGGGACCGUGGAUGUGGUGUGGUGUCGGCGUUGGAUCCCCCUCGCCAGAGCAGCAUCCCCAGCGAAACCCGCAGAGGCUUUAGCCAUCUUUUGGGUUGUCUUUGUUAUCGGGGGCGAAAGGUAAAAAAAAAAAAAAAAAAAAAAAAAAAAAAAAAAAAAAAAAAAAAAAAAAAA